CCUGCAGCCGAAACCAGGCAUCUACCAGAAGAACUGGUAGGCAGGACGCGCUCUUCAGUCCCAAGCACUCAGGUGUCUCAAAAAUAAGGCUGAGGAUUUAAAACACUCAACUUUUGAGAUAAACCACGCGAUACAGUAGGUAUCGCUGUGAAGAAUGCACUCCAGAGGCUGGUAUGAAAUUUAGGCUGCCGAUGCAGGAAGGCUUGGUACGUAAUUUGGAGAAAUCGGUGCCUGCCAGAGCCCGACCAGGAGAGGAUCGAGCUUGAGGGAUGCCGGAGGUGACAGGGGGGAUGCCCAGACGGGGCGAUGCCCACGGGAUUCGGCACCAGCCACCCCUCAUCCCUAUCAGGGAGAAGGGAAACAGGGAGACACCUCAACGAGCCGGGGAUUCCGAGACACAGACACAGCCGGCUGCCUCCUCCCCGCCCGGACACCUCGGUGGCUGCAGCAGACCUGGCUCCAGCUCUCCCUCGCACCCAAAACGCGGCAGCCUGUCCGCCCCGCCGCCGCCCGCCACCGUCCGCCUCCGAGCGCCGCUCACCCUCGCCCCCUCCCCAGCUCCCCGGCGGGGGCCGAGCCGCCGUCCCGCCGCCGCCGCCCCUUCCCUCCCCACGCCGGCCUCGCCGCGGCCCUUCCCCCGCCGCACAUGCCCAGAAGGGCGGGAGCGGCGGCGCGCCCGGGCGCUGCUGUGACAGCGGCGGCGCUUUCCCUUCCGCUGGCUGGGGGCCGCGCCGCGCUUCCCCCCGCCCCGGCCCGGCCCGGCCCGGCCCGGCGGAGAGUCCACCGUGCGGGCCCACAGGCCGCUCGCUCGACCGCCCGCCUCGCCCCUUGCCCGCCUCGCCCCGAGCCCGCCGCCGCGGGGCGGGAGGCGGCCAUGUCGCUAUUGUCUGCGCUGGUGCCCUUGCUCCGGGUGUACCGCAUCGGCCUCCUCGUCAUCCUGCACCAGCUGCGCCGCCGCCUCCUCUUCCUCCGCCCGCGCUGCCCCCCGGCCGCGGUUUCGCCUCAGACCUCGGCUCAGAGCCCCGUGGGCGCAGCCUCCCUCAGCCCAGUUUUCCCUACACAAAAUGGAAAGGUUGCUAUAGUGACUGGAGGUGCUAAAGGAAUCGGUUACCAAACUGUGAAGCAUUUGGCAAGACUUGGCAUGCACGUUAUAAUAGCUGGAAACAGUGAGAAUGAGGGCCAAGAAGCAGUGAGGAAAAUACAAGAAGAAGCUUUGACUGGAAAAGUGGAGUUUUUAUACUGUGAUUUGGCUUCCAUGAAGUCUAUACGGCAAUUUGUGCAGCGGUUUAGAGCAAAGAAUUGUCCACUCCAUGUCCUGGUGAAUAAUGCUGGGGUGAUGAUGGUCCCUGAAAGGAAGACAGAGGAUGGGUUUGAGGAGCACUUCGGCUUGAACUACUUGGGACACUUCCUGUUGACUAACCUCCUCUUGGAUACGCUGAAGCAAUCAGGAACGCACAGUCACAACGCUAGGAUCAUCACUGUCUCAUCAGCCACCCAUUAUGUAGGCGAAUUGCACCUGAAUGACUUACAAAGCAGAUGUUCGUAUUCACCCCAUGGAGCCUAUGCCCAAAGCAAACUUGCCCUUGUGUUAUUUACCUAUCGACUACAGCAUCUUCUGACUGCAAAUGGAAGCCAUGUGACUGCUAAUGUGGUAGACCCGGGAGUAGUGAAUACUGAUCUCUACAAACAUGUCUUUUGGGUUAUAAAAGUGGCCAAAUGGAUGACAGCCUGGCUAUUUUUCAAGACUCCAGAAGAAGGAGCCUCUACAAGCAUCUAUGCAGCAGUAUCACCCGAGAUGGAAGGAGCUGGGGGCUGCUACCUUUACAAUGAGACAAGGACAAAAUCGGCUGACGUAGCAUAUGAUGAGGAGCUGCAGAGAAGGCUCUGGACAGAAAGCUGCAAGAUGGUUGGGAUUUCUGAUGAAUCCAGCAGAGUCCCCUAGAAGAAGCCACUUCCAGCUGGGUAAAUGAAAUGUGUUGACAAGCAUCUUAGGUGAAUUCUUGCAGCAUCAGUCAUCAUCCUGGAAAUCACUGUUAAGUCCCAAAGGCAAACAUGAACAGCUCUGUUCUUCACUUGAACCCCUAAUCUGCUAGGGUGUGGGGGGAGUAUUCCCACAGAAAGAUGUAGUGAUUGGUUUUAAACCAUCAGUUUUGUAAAUCAUGAUGUUUCAGUCUGUGAUUAAAAUACAAUCUUUAACCUUG